AUGUCUCGCGCUAAAGGAAACCUCAUUUAUCUUAUUCCUGGUACUGUUCUUGAAACUCUCCUUGUCAUAGCAUCCCACAUGACUGUAGAGCGGCCAACAGCUAUAUUUCUCUAUGCUCUGGCAGCCAAUGUCACGUUGAUGACAUUAUGGAAUGUCUUUAUAUGGCCAUUGUUCUUGAACCCUCUCCGGCAUCUACCUACCAUUCAUGGCCCUUUUAUCGGAGCCAAGGUUUUUUUGCGCCAGCCGCGAGGUACAAUCAUCGUUGAAUGGCUAAAAAAUAUUCCAAACGAGGGUUUGAUUCAUUUUCGUGAAGCAUUGAACUCCAGCUUCUUAGUUGCUACAAACCACCGCGCGUUGAUGGAUGUUUUACACACUAACAGCUAUGAUUUUGUCAAACCUCCUGGUGGGCGCGAGUUUUUGGCUCGGGGAUUAGGCUAUGGCCUCAUCCUUUCUGAAGGAGAUGCUCAUCGCACUGCACGAAAGGCUGUAACCCCUGCUUUCACGAUCAAGAAUAUUCGGGCUUUUCGGUUGACUUUGGAUAUCAUCGGGCCUGCCGCCAUCGGUCGAGAUUUCCAGUCGCUGGAGAACGAGAAUGACCCUGUGUCGCAGAAUUAUACGGCCAUUCUGAAACCGUCUCUGGACUUGCUUAUACUAUUUGCACUGUCUAUCGUCCUGCCACAAUGGUUCGUCAGGCGCAUUCCCUGCAAUGCAAAUAUAGUACUCCCUCAGAAGGUCGGCUAUCUACGGCAGGUAUUCUACGACAUCCUCCAUGAGAAACGAGAGCAGCUUGCCCUCGAAAAGGCCGAAGGCGAGCAUGCUGAAGGCGAUAUUCUGGGAACUAUGAUGCGUGGUGGAGAGUUUAGCGACAGCGAGCUGGUGGACCAGAUGCUUACCUUCCUUGCGGCGGGACAUGAGACGACAGCUGGCGCCCUCACCUGGUGCUGUUACCAUCUGUGUAUAGAGCCGCACAUCCAAGAAAAGCUCCGCCAAGAGAUCCGCGAAACCAUUCCCUCACCUGACGCCUCCGUACCAUGGCAGGAUCUUGAGGACAUGCCGUAUCUGAAUGGCGUUUGUCAGGAGGUGCUGCGUUUGUAUCCUACGGUCCCAAUGACAGGUCGCGAAGCAAUCCGUGAGACAAUCAUUGCCGGAACAAAAAUCCCCAAGGGCACCACGAUCGCGCUUUGCCCACAAGCCAUCAACCGGCAUCCGGAAUUUUGGGGCGAGACGGCAGACCAGUUCCUUCCUGAAAGAUGGAUUGAUACCGACGAGAAGACGGGUAAACAGACAGUCAACAAACAUGGAGGAGCGUCCACAAAUUUUGCCCAGAUUACGUUCCUUCAUGGGCCACGGGCGUGCAUUGGGAAGGAUUUUGCGAAGGCCGAGUUCCGAUGUGCCGUUGCGGGGUUGUUUGGGCAGUUCCGGCUGCAGUUGAAAGAACCUGGCCAGAAGAUGACUUUUGGAGGCACGUUGACGAGUCAGCCCAUCGAGGGGAUGCAUCUAAAGUUGACCAAGCUGGAGGACUGGGUGGUUUAA